AUGAGUAGCUCACCACUGCACGAUGUUCUACGAUCGCCACGACGUCCGGAAGCCCACGACUACGACGCCUACGAACGCACCUCGCAGGACUCGGAGGAUUCACUUCGCGCAUUAGAGCUCUCUGAGGGCCCGCUGCUCGCAGAAUCGCCGCAGACGCACCGCGCACGCUCAUACUCUGUAUCCGGCUUCGACUUCCAGAGUGACCUGUUGCCUCUGACCGCAAGCUUUAGUGAGCCCGACGACGUACGCGUAGAGGCAAAGGAGAAGCACAUCGGCCUCCUGAAUGGAAUUGCGUUGUGUGUGGGCUUGCAGGUAUGGUCCCGCCUCAGCUCAUCCCCAGGAGUGGUGGUAGCCAACACGCACAGCGUGGGGGCAAGUUUAAUAGUAUGGCUUACCUCUGGAUUAUUAGCGUGGACGGGGGCCAGUAGCUUCGCGGAGCUCGGCUCAUCAAUACCGGUGAAUGGAGGGGCGCAGGCGUACCUCCAAUAUGCGUACGGGCCCCUCGUAUCAUAUCUUUUCGCAUGGACGGCAAUAUCUGCAUUGAAACCUGGCAGCAAUGCAGUUAUAAGUCUCAUCUUCGCCGAAUAUCUGAACCGGCUAUUUUACCACAGCACGGGUUCAGGCAUCUCGUCCGAUGCUCUUCCACAAUGGUCCAUCAUACUCACAGCUGUAGCUGCUGUCCUCAUUGUCAGCGUCAUAUGCGUGGCUACACCAACUUUGGGAACGAGGGCAGCUGUGGUCUUCAUGACAGUAAAGCUAGCCGUCACAAUCAUUGGUAUAGUACAACUCGCGGGAGGACACUCGUCUAGCUCGUUCACGACAGACAUAUUCGCGGGAUCGAGCAAGAGUCCAUCGGAGUAUGCACUCGCCCUCUACUCUGGACUCUGGGCCUACGAUGGCUGGGACCAAGCCAACUAUGUCGGUGGCGAGAUGAAGAACGCUACUAAGAAUAUUCCUCGGGCGAUCCAUGCGAGCAUGGGUGUUGUUACUAUAUUGUUUGUGCUAGCAAAUGUAGCGUACUUUGUGGUACUAGACAAGACGACCGUGGGCAUGAGCAACACCGUUGCGCUCGACUUCGGGCAUGCAGUGUUUGGCCGCGUUGGAGGGAUAGUUUUUGCCGUGAUGGUCGCGUUCUCUUGCUUCGGUGCACUCAAUGGCAUGCCUUUUUCUCCAUGUCUAGGUUCAUUCUUCACCUCAGCGAGGCUGAUCUACGUUGCCGGAAAAGAGGGCUACCUUCCCGCGCUGUUCGGUCGCCAUAAUACGACCCUGCGGACACCGCUAAAUGCAAUGUGCCUGCAGGCUGCGCUCACGAUUAUGUUCAUAGUCUUCGGUGGUGGUUUUAGAUCGCUUAUCAACUUCGCGGUCGUGGCUUCCUGGGCAUUCUAUUUUCUUACCGUCUUGGGACUUGUAAUCCUGCGGAUCAAAGAGCCUUUACUGGAGCGCCCGUACAAAACGUGGAUAACGACGCCUUUGAUAUUCUGCGCUGUCUGUCUGUUCCUGCUGUGCAUGCCUAUUAUUGCUGCGCCGCUAGAGGCCAUGGCUGUCCUCGGCUUCGUCCUUGUCGGCAUACCUAUCUAUUACCUGACACAGCGGGAACUUUAUCCGAAAAUUAAGUCACCUGGUCUAGCUUAUAUCCAGGACUGUAUUGCUAAGAUACGCGGCAGGCCCUCGCCAGGCGGAGGGUGGCAGGCUGUCGCAACGGAGGGAGACGAACAUUUAGAGAUGUCAGAGCAGCAUCCUCGACGAUAG